AAUAGUGAUACGCUCAUUUUAUAGCAGUUCACUUUCGGUAUUGUUUUAAAAUUUUUACAAUAUAUCAGUGCUUGUAUUUAGUUUCGUGAUAAGUGCAGUUUGUGUAUUUUAGGGUGAUUUGUUUUACCUCUUUUUCGGGUAUAUUAAGAUACAUAAUGGUUGUGACCGAGAUACCAGAUCGUAUAGCAGAUACUUUUCAUGGACGUACCAUAUUUAUUACGGGUGUAACUGGAUUUGUUGGUAAAGCCCUUUUGGAAAAGCUACUUAGAAACACAAACGUUAAAAAAAUAUAUGUCCUUAUUAGAACUAAAAAGGGAAAGACUCCACAAGAGCGAUUAGAAGAUAUAUUUAAAAAUAUUCUAUACAGUAAAUUAUUAUCUCAAAAUCCAGACGCUCCCAAAAAAUGUAUAGCCAUAUCUGGUGAUGUAUCAGAAGUAGAUUUGGGUAUAUCUGGAAGCGAUCGACAACUAAUUGUCAAAGAGACAGAUUUUAUCUUUCAUAGCGCAGCUACUACGAGGUUUGAUGAUACUAUCAAGUACGCUGUUACGGUAAACACUAGGGGUACAAAGUAUAUGUUAGAUUUAGCAGCACAAUGUACUAAAUUAAAGUUAUUUAUCCAUGUUUCGUCAUCUUACGCUUUUCCUAAUAACAAAGUAACUAUGGAAAAAGAGUACAAGACUAAAGCUAAUCCACAUGAGGUACUGAGUAGCCUUAAUUGGAUGGACGAAGAUGGCAUAAAUGAUAAAAAAAUUCUUGGUGAUAUUCCUAAUUCUUACACAUUCUCUAAAGCCUUAGCUGAAAAUUUAGUUUACGAACAAGUUGGAAAGAUACCUUUAGUUAUCUGCCGACCUGCAGUAGUUAUUCCUUCAUUUCAAGAUCCAAUACCUGGUUGGGCAAAUAAUUUACAAGGACCUAUGGGCCUAUUUGUCGGUGCUGGUAAAGGUGUUAUUAGAUGUAUGUAUAUGGAUAGCAAAUCGUACGCAAAUCUUAUUCCAGUGGAUGCCGCUGUGGCUGGUUUAUUGGUAUUUUCUUGGUAUUACCUUAACGUAAAGGGUGCUCCAUAUAUUUUCAAUAUCUGUGUCCCAGAAACAGACUUUAAAGAAAACUGGGAAACAAUUUUAUAUACUGCUCAGGAGGUUAUUGAAACGGAUAUACCUUUCAACGGGAUUUUAUGGUAUCCUGGUGGUACAAUGACAAAAAGUAAAACUUAUGCUAAAAUUAAUUUCUUCCUGUUUCAAUUGAUCCCUGCGAUAUUUAUAGACUUAAUAUUAUUUUGUUUGGGAUACAAACCGAUUUUGUACAAUAUUCAAAUGAGAAUAAACAAAGGAACUGAAAUGUUCGAAUUCUAUACAACACGGGCUUGGGAUUUUGAAACAAAAGUAAUAUUUGCCGUAAGAGAGGCAUUAAAUGAACGAGAACUAAAAACUUAUUUUGUUAAGGCUGAUAACAUUAAUUUAAAAAAGUACUUAGUCGAAGCCCUUUUAACUUGCCGUCGUCAUAUAUUAAAAGAAACUGAUGAUAUGCUUCCAGCGGCAAGAAGAAAUAUGAAAAUAAUGUUUAUUUUGGACCGAUUUGUAAAGAUUGCAUUCUUUGUGAUACUUGGUUAUUUCCUUUAUAAAUGGACUUUCAGACUAUUUGGACAAUAAAAAAAAAAUGAAGACUAACUGAUAUUUUAAGAUGAAAAACAAAACUUACAAAUAAAAUGAUAGUUGAUGUAAAAGGUGAAUAAAGAUUUAA